UGCAAAGAGCAUUGUCUAGAUUACUCCAAUUUUUAAAUAAUUUUUCACCAAGGUCUUGUGUCCAUCGUUUUUUUUAAGUAAAAUGUCUUUAUAAUAGUUCCGUAUCAGGAAUCCCAUCUAACGUACGUUAAAGCAUUGAAACUCUUCUGCGUGAUCCUCUUCUUUCGAACAAGUAAUAGUAUUGGCUGGCUCCCACGUGUCACCUCAUUUUUAGCCACCUGGCACUACUCCUACACUUGUACAAAGUGAGACUUGCUAAUAUUUGUUUUGGUCUAAGUGCAUGCGUAAAAGCUUGUAUUCAUAUGAAAAAUGUAUAAUAGACAAAAUAAAAAUCUAAGGUGUCAAGUUGCGUAAUUAACGUAAAUAUAGGUCCUUAAUGUGAAUUUAGCCAUCAUUUUUUAAUCUAUAAAUCACCUUCUUGAAAAGGUGUCAUUAUACACCAGCAGCUCUCAAAGGAAGCCAAGAAUACAACCAUGGUUCCACCCACUUCAACCGCCGUAGCAACCGCCAUUGCUUCCCUAAUCCUCCUCCUUGCUUCGACGUCUUACUGCUAUCCAAACCCUGUAGAAGGGUUGAGCUACUCUUCUAUCAUCCCAGAUUCUGAUGUUGAUCUUCUUGAAUUUCCUCUCAAUUUAGAGUACUUAGAGGCUGAGCUAUUUCUUUAUGGCUCUUUGGGUCGUGGGUUGGAUUGGUUUGCUCCAAAUUUGACCCAGCAAGGUCCAUCACCAAUUGGUGCUAGGAAGGCCAAGCUUGAUCCUUUCACUAAAGAUGUCAUCAAGCAAUUUGCUUGGCAAGAAGUGGGACACUUGAGGGCAAUUAAGAAUGCAGUAAAAGGAUUUCCAAGGCCAUUGCUGGAUUUAAGGACGGAAUCAUUUGCGAAAGUUAUAAACAAGGCAUUUGGGCGACCACUAUCUCCACCUUUUGACCUCUAUGCCUCUCCUCUCAACUUUCUCAUUGCCUGCUAUGUAGUUCCCUAUGUUGGCCUCACAGGAUAUAUUGGAGCGAACCCAAAACUUAAAGCCUCUGCUUCAAAGAAGCUUGUAGCAGGCCUUUUGGCUGUGGAGUCAGGGCAAGAUGCAGUUAUCAGAGCAUUGCUAUACGAGAGGGCAAUGGAGAAGGUGCACCCAUAUGGGAUAACAGUAGCCGAGUUCACAGAUUCAAUUUCAGAACUGAGGAAUAGGCUUGGAAAUGCAGGUGUCAAAGAUGAAGGCCUCAUAGUUCCCAAGUACCAAGGAGCAGAAGGCAAAACAAACGGCAACAUACUGGCUGGAGACGACUGCUCUUUAGGAUACGCAAGAACACCAGAGGAGAUACUGAGAAUUGUUUAUGGAGGAGGUGAUGAACGUGUUCCUGGAGGUUUCUUCCCAAAGGGAGCUCAUGGGCGGAUUGCUAGAUCUUACUUGCGGGACUAUGCUAGCUGAAGAUUAGAUGAAAAAUGCAAUGAUGCGUGCUUUUCUUGUAGCUUUUUCGAGUUGUUUCAGGACAGGGCAAUAAAAUAAAAUUUGUGUCUUUUGUUUUUUGUUU